CGCGCCCCCGGGGGCCAUGGUCGCGGGGCCCUGCGCGGGGGCGGCCCCCAGCGCGGCGCUUCAUGGAGCGGCCCCGGCCCGGCCGCCGGGGGCAGCGCGAUCCCGCGGGGCCCUGUGAGCCCCCAGCGCCACGGCACCAUGUUGCUGGUUGAGAAGACGACAGACUCACCGGCGGCCGAGUUCUCGCUGGUGGAGGACGUGGCGCUGCACUUCGCCUGCUUGAUGGGCCGCCUGAACGAGCAGCGCCUCUUCCAGCCUGACCUCUGCGACGUGGACCUGGUGCUGGUGCCCCAGCGCAGCGUCUUCCCUGCACACAAGGGCGUGCUGGCCGCCUACAGCCAGUUCUUCCACUCGCUCUUCACCCAGAACAAGCAGCUGCAGCGCGUGGAGCUGUCCCUGGAGGCGCUGGCACCCGGCGGCCUGCAGCAGAUCCUCAACUUCAUCUACACCUCCAAGCUGCUGGUCAACGCGGCCAACGUCCACGAGGUGCUCAGUGCCGCCUCGCUGCUGCAGAUGGCUGACAUCGCCGCGUCCUGCCAGGAGCUGCUGGACGCCCGCUCCCUAGGCCCCCCGGGCCCCAGCGCUGUGGCCCUGGCCCAGCCGGCCACCGGCUGCACCCCAGCCGCACCACCCUACUACUGCGACAUCAAGCAGGAGGCGGACGCCCCAGGCCUGCCUAAGAUCUAUGCCCGGGAGGGCCCUGACCCCUACUCUGUGCGUGUCGAGGACGGGGCAGGGACCGCGGGUGGCACAGUGCCUGCUGCCAUCGGGCCGGCUCAGCCCUUCUUCAAGGAGGAGAAGGAGGGUGGCGUGGAGGAGGCGGGUGGGCCAGCGGGCAGCCUGUGCAAGCUGGAGGGUGGGGAGGGGCUGGAGGAGGAGCUAGGGGGCGCUGGUACGUACAGCCACCGGGAGCAGUCCCAGAUCAUCGUGGAGGUGAACCUCAACAACCAGACUCUGCACGUGUCCACGGGGCCCGAGGGGAAGCCGGGCACCACCACGGGCCCGGCCACCAUGGUGCUGGGCCGGGAAGACGGGCUGCAGAGACGCUCAGAGGACGAGGAGGAGGAAGAAGAGGAGGACGAGGAGGAAGAGGAGGACGACGAGGAGGAGGAGGAGGGUGGUGGCAGUGGAGGGGAGGAGGAGGAAGAGGAAGAGGAGGAGGAGGGUGGCAGUCAGGGAGAGGAGGAAGACGAGGAGGAGGAAGCACACAGCGAGCAGGAGGAAGAGGAGGAGGAAGAGGAAGGGCACAGUGAGCAGGAUCAAGAGAGCUCGGAGGAGGAGGAUGAGGAUGAGGAGGGGGAGGCAGCGAGCAGGCAGGGGCCGGCGGGGCGGCGGGGCGGCAGGGCAGAGCCCCCUGCCCACAGUCGUAUGGCCACGCGGUCUCGAGAGAACGCCAGACGCCAAGGCCCCCCUGAGCCCGAGGAGGCCAGGCCUCGGGGCGGGAAGAGGCCCAAGCCGGCUCCGGGAGGAGCCUCUGCACCAGCCCGCGCGGGGCCACAGGCCGCUGACGGGCUGGGGGCCAAGGUGAAGCUGGAAGAGAAGCAGCACCACCCGUGCCAGAAGUGCCCUCGUGUCUUCAACAACCGCUGGUACCUGGAGAAGCACAUGAACGUGACCCACAGCCGCAUGCAGAUCUGUGACCAGUGCGGCAAGCGCUUCCUGCUGGAGAGCGAGCUGCUGCUGCACCGGCAGACAGACUGCGAGCGCAACAUCCAGUGUGUGACAUGCGGCAAAGCUUUUAAGAAGCUCUGGUCCCUCCAUGAGCACAACAAGAUUGUGCAUGGCUAUGCUGAGAAGAAGUUCUCAUGUGAGAUCUGUGAGAAGAAGUUCUACACCAUGGCCCAUGUGCGCAAGCACAUGGUUGCCCACACCAAGGACAUGCCCUUCACCUGUGAGACCUGUGGGAAGUCCUUCAAACGAAGCAUGUCUCUCAAAGUGCACUCGCUGCAGCACUCUGGGGAGAAACCCUUCAGAUGCGAGAACUGCAACGAGCGCUUCCAGUACAAGUACCAGCUGCGGUCGCACAUGAGCAUCCACAUUGGCCACAAGCAGUUCAUGUGCCAGUGGUGCGGCAAGGACUUCAACAUGAAGCAGUACUUCGACGAGCACAUGAAGACGCACACAGGGGAGAAGCCGUACAUCUGCGAGAUCUGCGGCAAGAGCUUCACCAGCCGCCCCAACAUGAAGCGGCACCGGCGCACGCACACCGGCGAGAAGCCCUACCCCUGCGACGUGUGCGGCCAGCGCUUCCGCUUCUCCAACAUGCUCAAGGCGCACAAGGAGAAGUGCUUCCGCGUCAGUCACCCGCUGGCCGCCGACGGCCCCCCUUCCUCGGGCCCAGGCCUGCCCCCCGCCCAGCCCGCGGCAGCGGCAGCGCACGCACUGCCCCUGCUCCCGGGGCUGCCCCAGACGCUGCCGCCCCCGCCCCACCUGCCGCCCCCCCCGCCCCUCUUCUCCACCACUGCCGCUUCGGGCGGCAGGAUGAGCGCCAACAACUGACUGCCCCCUGCACGUGCCAGGUGGGGGUGGGUGGCCCGGAGCCCAGGGCCGCCUGGGGGGGGGGACCCCUCCCGCCCUCCCCUCCUUCCUGUGGGAGGACGGCCGACACCGGGCCGGCCGGGCCCACCUCUGGACGCGGCUGGGCGCGUGCCGCCUGAGGCCCCUGACCGUGUGGUGUGCGGGCUGGGGGCCCAGUGCAGGUGGAGGACACCUCACUCCCAAGUGCCCCCCUUUGCAGUGACUCCUUGAAGCCUUUAUUUUAUUUUAUUUUAUUAUUAUUUUUUUGGGGAAGUGAAGGAAAAAGAAAAGAGAGGAAACUAUUUGCAGCACCCCCUCCAGGUGAGGCGGGUACUGGAGGCAGCAGGUACAGCAGGAAGGGAGGGGCUGGGGAGCAGGUGUGACCGGUCACUCUGCUGAGGCCUGACCCCUAGGGGGUUGGCCAGGCAGGCUUCGGUCAGUUUCAGUGGCUCAUCUCUGCCUCCCCCGUGCCCCCCAACUUGCCCCCUCAUCCUGGAGGGCUUGGGGGAAAGUUGGGGUGCCAGCCUCCCGGGAAGAAGCCGUGGAUCUGAGGGCUGUGGACACCAGGGCAGGGGCUUGAGUGUGGACUCCCAUGAGCAUGUGGUGGAGGGAGUAGGGUGAAGUGUGAAGGCUGCAGACCCAGCUUUGCACCGUGUGCGGUGGGGGAGACCGGGGCUGGACCCCAGGCAUUUGCUCACCCACCCACCCCCCUGCCAGCAAGCGCAGGGAUCCCUGAGCCGUACCAGGCUGCACCGAGGUCCCCAAGUCCAGGAGAGGACAUCCCCAGAAGCCACUGGGCCUCAGGGGGCUGGGAGCUAGGCCCUGGGUGGGCAGACGGGCUGGCUCCCACAGCACCAGAUCCCAAGGGCUGCAGUCCAAGAGUCCCUGCAAAUGGGAGAACCCCAAGGGCAGGUCCUGAGAAGGAGGCACUGUUUGAAGGUUUCAAGGUGCUAUCAGUGGGGCAGGGGGCGGGGCUGCUGUUCACAGAGCCCCCGGGUCCUCACCAGCUGCCCUGGUCGUCUCUCCGCAGCAGAGGAGAUGUGUGUGUGUCUGUACCCAUCCCUGCUCAGAAGGCAGAGGCCUCCUCCUCUUCCUAGGCCUGGCCACAACCCACUCCAGGCUGGUGUCCAGCACCCCUGUCCUUCCUGGGCCUCUGCACUGUGGCUGGGUACCUGUAGCACUGUCACUGAGGAGCCCACACAUUCAGGCCCCCAGGGUGGGGGGGGUGGGGAUUCUGGGGGAGCCCCAGCUUGUGCCCCAUGCUUGCCCCCAUGAGGCUGGCACUAAUAGGACACCCUUUUUUUGUUGUCAUUUAACGUCUUUAUUUCCUGCCUUUAAAAAGGGGAGGAAGGUUCCAUAAGCUACGUGUUUCCUAGUUAAGCUCUUUCCUUUUGUGUUUAUACAGUUUUGUUUGUUAUACUCUGCACCUUAAACCCCCAUGACUACCCCCACACCACCACCUUCCCAAGCAUGGCUGGAGUGGGAAGAGGCCUAAGCCCAAGGGAGGGGACAGCAACAGGGGGCAGGGGGGGACGGUGGGGGACUGGGCCCCCUCAGCUCAAGGGCUGAGGGGGUUGGAACCCCUCUGACCUCCUUGUGAGGCCCGUGGCGCUGGCUGGGGGCUGGGGACAUUUUAAUCAUCAAUAAACGAAGCACUUUAUUCUGUACAGAUGUGGGCAGGUCCGAGAAGCCCAAGUGAUUUGAGGAUUUAUAAUCCAAGCUACACAGCCCUGACUGUUCUCUGGGCACAGAGGGGGCAGUGCCCUGGCCUAGUUGUGUUUGGGGCUACAGCAUCGUAGGGCUAGGGCGGUGAGCCAAAGCCUACAGACGUACCCUCAGAACGGUCCUGCCGUCCUCUGGAGAGAGAAGGUGGGCCCUUCCCUCAGAAUGGAAGGCUCCCUGUCUGGCCUGGCCGCAGUUCUGCAGCUCCCCGACCCCAAUGCUGAGGCUUCCAGGCUCCUGCUUUACCGUAGCUCCCUCUCCCCCUCGCCCUUUGAUCUCUGGGCUUCCAUGACGUCCUCAGGGUCCCCCCCACUCUCUUUCCUCCUCUUCCUUGCUACUUCUAGCCUCUGGUCCCAGUGCCUGGCAGCUCUUCAGAGCUGGCUCACAUUUGCCCCCCUAAAAGUUGAUCUCCCCCAGUGCGCUGUAGGUCGGGACCCCCAUGGGUUCCCCAACCCCUGUCACUGACACCAGGGUCUCCCAUAGGCACCAGUGGCCUUGUCACCAGCUAGCCCCAUUGCAGCCUUACUCAGUGAGCCUGGGCGGCCCUGGCCAGGCCAGGUGCCUGUGAGGCCACACUUUAAUAAGCAGAGGCUGGAGAUGAGUAUUGGGGCGGGGUAUCAAAACUCUGUCCCAGGCCUUGGGUUCCCUGUUCUAAUACACCUCUCCUCUGAGCACACGGGUCCGGACGGUGGGCUGGGCUCUGGUCAAAAGGGUCAUUGUAGCUGUGGGUGGGCACGGCCAAACCCUCUCCUGGGAGGCACCUGUCCCACCUGUCCCCACCUGUCCCUGGGAGGCAGGAGCCCUGGUCCCUGGUGCUAAAUGCUCUCCUCCCCUUGGGCCAGUGUGGGCAGGAGCUCCUUUCCAGCCAGAUCACAAGGGUCUGAAGCAAUAAUGGAACCUCAGUAGUGCCAGUAUGGGUCGGGGUUCUUGUUUUACCAGCUUUUACAUUUCCUUUUGUUUCUAAAACAAGUGAACAAGCACCUAGAUAUUGGAUGAAGGGGACUGGGGUGUCUGUCACCCACUUCCCAGGGCUGGUGGCAGGGAACUGGUGUCAGGAUCAUCACCUCCCACUGCAGAGGGGCUGGGGGGCCAGGGUUCAGUCCAGAUGAACUUCUCAGCCCGUUUGCCCAGAAUUCGGGUCUGAAACCUAGGCCUGCCCCCUCAUCAGCUCCCCCGGGUGCCCUGAUCCUGGGCCAGCUGGGGAUGAGCAGAGAGAUGAGGUGGGGCCACGGGCCAGGCCAGAGCCUUGGCCUCUGACCUUGGCGUGUGCUGCCACAGCUCCCCUCCCUGGGGGCUCAGCGGUGGUGGAAUGGCUGUGCUGGACGUGUGGACCUUUGAUGUCUGGGCCCCAAGUGCAUGAGGGGGGGACGAUAGCAGGAGGGUGAGGACACGAGUGAAGGGGAAUAAAAUCCGUACAACUGUC